AUGGCGGCGCUCAGCCGGCAGGUCUUGGAUUGGCACCGCCUGAUCCCCCUCUCCUGGGCUGGCAUCGCUAGGCACACGCCUCACUUUGGAGAACAGAAAAAGGCAACGGCUUCCUUGCUGCGUAAACUGACCACAGCCUCCAGUGAAGGGGCCUUUGAGGGUUCGCCCCAUGUCCAACCCAGGAAGUGUGUGCAGGAACCAGAGUGCAGGACAAGCCUUACUCAGUGCCUUGAGAAGCAGAGGGCACCUGUGGAUGCAGGGUCCUUGGAGCGAGAGGAGGUCAUCAGUUCCCUCCUGGACAUGGGUUUCACUGAUGUCCAUGUCCAAGAAUUGCUCAGUAUACAACCAAGUCCCCACCCUCAACAGUUGCUGGGCAUCACCUCAAAGCUAAUACUCUUGGGUGUGAAUCCAGAGCCUGUGUGCGUGAUCUUGAAGAAAAGCCCUCAGUUAUUGAAACUGCCUGUAAUGCAGAUGGAGAAGCGCUCCAGUUACCUUCGAAAACUUGGGAUUGGAGAAGGGAAACUAAAGAGGGUGCUUUACUGUUGCCCCGAAGUUCUCACCAUGCAUCAGCGGGACAUUGACCGCAUCGUCAAGGUGCUCAGGGAGAAGUGCCUUUUCACGGUUCACCAAGUGACUGAGAUUUUGCACAGAUGUCCCUAUGUUCUUCGGGAGGACCCGGAUGAGCUGGAAUACAAAUUCCAGUAUGCCUACUUUAGGAUGGGGGUGAAGCACUCGGAUGUGGUGAGGACUGACUUCCUGCAGUACCCCAUCACCAAGAUCAGGCAGAGACACACGUUCCUGGAGCGCCUAGGACGGUACCAGACCCCGGAUAAGAAGGGGCAGACGCAGAUCCCCAACCCUCUUGUCAAGGACAUUCUCAGAGUUUCAGAAGCUGAAUUUCUGUCCAGGACAGCCUGUUCUUCUGCUGAGGAGUUUGAAGUUUUUAAGAAGCUCCUGGCUCGGGAGGAGGAAGAGGAGUCUGAGAGCCACAUGUCUGGUGAGGAGGAAGAGGAGGAGGAGGACCAGGACCAGGAGGAGGAGGAGCUGUGA